AUGCAGCUCCUGACAGCCCUCAUCCUCUGCCUGGGCCUCUGGGCAAGGCUCAGCACUGCUGUCAUCCCAGUGGAGGAGGAGGAGCCAUCCUUCUGGAACAAGCAGGCAGCUGCAGCCAUCGAGGCCUCCUUGAAGAUCCAGCCCAAAAUCAGCCAAGCCAAAAACCUCAUCCUCUUCCUUGGGGAUGGAUUUGGGAUCCCCACCAUCACGGCCACCCGCAUCCUGAAGGGGCAGGAGCAGGGGAAGCUGGGCCCUGAGACCCCCCUUGCCCUGGAUGCUUUCCCCUACGUGGCUCUUUCCAAGACGUACAACGUGGACCGGCAAGUCCCUGACAGCGCAGGGACGGCCACAGCCUACCUCUGCGGGGUGAAGGGCAACUACCAGACUGUGGGGCUGAGUGCAGCCGCCCGCCACUCCCAGUGCAACACCACAAAGGGCAACGAGGUGAUCUCGGUGCUGGAAAGAGCUCGCAAAGCCGGGAAGGCAGUGGGCAUCGUGACGACAACACGGGUGCAGCACGCGUCACCCUCGGGGACCUACGCCCACGUGGUGAACCGCAACUGGUACGCAGAUGCCAGCAUGCCCAUGGAUGCCCGCACCCAGGGCUGCAAGGACAUUGCCUGGCAGCUGGUCCACAACGUUGACAUCAACGUAAUCCUGGGUGGUGGUCGGAAAUACAUGACCCCUGUGGGGACGCCAGACCCUGAGUAUCCCACCUACAAAGAGGAGAAUGGGAUGCGUGAGGACAGGAAUAACCUCAUUGACAUGUGGCUGGAGGCACGGCCAGGUGCCCGCUACGUCUGGAACAAGACAGAGAUGCUGGCUGCUGCUGCUGACCCCAACGUGAACUAUUUGAUGGGGCUCUUCGAACCUGGGGAUAUGAAGUUCAACCUGUUGCGUGACACCACCCUGGACCCGUCGCUCACUGAGAUGGUGGAGACGGCCAUCACCAUCCUGAGUAGGAACCCCAGCGGCUUCUACCUCUUUGUUGAAGGUGGCAGGAUUGACCAUGGCCACCAUGACGGCUCAGCCCGCAAGGCGCUGACGGAGGCGGUCGAGUUUGACUGGGCCAUCGAGCGGGCAGGCAACCUGACGAAUGAGGAGGAGACCCUCACCGUCAUCACUGCUGACCACUCACAUGUCUUCUCCUUUGGUGGCUACACCCUGCGUGGUUCCUCCAUCUUUGGUCUCGCCCCUAGCAAAGCCAAUGACAAGAAGAACUACACGUCCAUCCUCUAUGGGAAUGGGCCAGGCUACGCAGGCACCAACCGGCCUGAUAUAGACCAUGACAAAGCCAGCCAGUUCACCUAUAAGCAGCAGGCAGCCGUGCCCCUUGACUCGGAGACCCACGGCGGAGAGGAUGUGGCCAUCCUGGCCAAGGGCCCCAUGGCCCACCUCUUCCACGGGGUGCAGGAGCAGACCUACGUGGCCCACGCCAUGGCCUACGCUGCCUGCCUGGAGCCCUACACCUCCUGCUGGCAUCACCCAGCCCCAAGUUCUGCCAGCUGUGCCCACCUGCUGGCAGGGCUGAUGUGGGGACAGGGUGGGGCUGGCAUGGGGGGUACCAGGGAGGGCAUGGGACAGGAGGGCUUUUGGCACAGGGCAGCCCUACGACAUCUCUGGUUCGCUCUCCCUGCCCCAUCUAGUGCUGGGCUGGAUGUGGUAGGGCUGGGUAAAAGGAUUGCAGUGGGUGGGCAGAAGAGGGGGUACAUGGGGUGCUUGGGGGGUGCUCUGCAUUACCUAAUUCCUCCAUGGGGACUCAGAGUCCCCCCAGUUUUCAGGGCAGGGGAAGGGGGUGGACAGGAGGCAGCUGCCCCUGGGAAUGGGCUCAUGCCCGCCCCAAGUGUCUCCCCGCUGACCCCACAGCUCUGGCAGGUGCCUGCUUUUUUUGGGGGGUGACUCCUUGU